AUGUAUUCCUGGGUACCUAGGCUGUCGCACACGAGACUGCCUGCCUCCCACACGGACGACCUCCCAUUUACAACGUCCAUAUCAUCAUCGUCUUCGACUGCACACCCCAUCACCAUCACCAUCGUCAUCGUCAUCGCCAUCGCCAUCGCCAUCGCCAUCGUCAUCUCAAGCCCAUCGUUGGCAACCAAGGCACGCAUACGUUUCUUGAUGUGCUCGACCUCUGCCGCCUUGCACUUUGAGCCACCAGCCCGCUGGCAAGACGGAGACGGCAAGCUGGACUCCCACGGCCAACAUGGCCUACAAUAA